CUCUCCCUGUCUCUCUCUCAUCAGCUGCCGUGCUCCAUUAUGAGUUCCACUCCUCUGCAUGAGCAAGAGGCCCAGGUCCUUCAGCAGGGUGGCGGUCAGGGUGGGGAGGUGGUACCCUCAGGCAGUGUAGCCUCCCGCCCCCCUCAGCCCCACUCAGACCCCCAGGCCUCCAGACGUGUCUGCUUCUAUAAGAGUGGAGACCCCCAGUUCGGAGGCCACCGGAUGGUCAUCAAUGCCAGGACCUUCAAGACCUUCGAUGCCCUCCUGGAUGCCCUGUCUAAAAAGGUCCCCCUGCCGUUCGGGGUCCGCACCAUCACCACCCCCCGUGGCUCCCACCCUGUCCGGUGUCUGGAAGAGCUGCAGAAUGGGGGCUCCUAUGUCUGCUCGGACCAGCGGAAGGUGAAGCCCCUCAACCUGGACAUGGCUAACCGCCGCCAGCCACCCUGGAACACCACCACCCGGCCCGUCAGUGGGGGUCGGAGGGCGCAGCGAGGGAGUCGUGGUGUCCCCGGGGACAUCAACCGGCCGGCAGACAGCAGGAUCAGGACCCCUAAAAGGCUGAUAGUAUUUAAGAAUAGAGACCCCAGUGUGAGGAGGACUGUAGUUCUGCAGAGAAGAACGGCUCCAACCUAUGAUGCUCUACUGGACUACCUGUCAGUCAUCAUGCAGUUCCCUGUACUGAAGCUGUACACACCAGACGGCAGCAGGGUUGAAGGUCUGCCAGCCUUGAUCCUGUGUUCUGGGGUGGUGGUAGCUUCGGGGAACGAACCUUUUAGACCAGGGAACUAUGACUUCCUGAGACCGACCCAGCCUGCUGCUGCUCUGUCCUUUAACUCAGACUCUAUAGAACCAACCAGGCUAAAGCCUCUAACAGAAAAUAAAACAUCGUUAUCCAGCGGACGGCGGUCCAGGAACUUCAGCCUGUCAUCAGAAAGAUACUUUGUGAACCAGAUCAACAAGUCUGUGAACGAUAGCUCCUAUGGCCAGCCGGUCCGCCUCCCAGAGAACAUGGAGACAGAGCUAAACCAGAGAAAGACCCGGGGCUCUAUAGAUAUGGAGACAGAAACGUGUCAGCUUGUAGAGGACAACGGGAAGACCUCCAUCGUACCGCAGGAUGAUGACAUUGAGAAGUCCUUCAGGGUCAACCAGGAUGGCAGCAUGACCGUCGAGAUGAAGGUCCGUCUGACCAUUAAGGAGGAGGAGAUGAUCCAUUGGACGACCACGUUGAGCCGCUCCAGCGUGGUGACCAAUCAUAAACUAGGAGCCAAGUCGGUAUCCACCCCACAGUCCCCCGACAACAACGUGGAGGCGAAAGACCCUAACAUUGGUCUCAGUGAGGAUGAGACCAAGGAGAGUAACCACCCCAGCCGCAAUGCAGAGAGGGACGUGGCCUUCAGCGGGACAGACGGAGGAGGGACAGACAGUGGCGGUGGAGGCAGGGCUGGUUCUCUGAAGGCCCACCCCCGUCAGAAGCGGAUGCCAACCCCUGGGCUGAGACAGGUGAAAAAGAAACAGGCGUCCGUGGAGAGCGUAACCACGGUGACGGAGACAGGUGUCCAGGAGACCAGCCUGGGGACUUUUUCGUACACAGAGUGCAUGGCAGACGGGGAAACCACAGAGGGGUACUGUGUGGUCCGGCAGAGCAGCAGCAGCUCCAGGUUACCCGCCAUACCACCUGUCCCCAAGCCCAGGAAGAGUGGCUCGGCUGGGGCCAGCAGGGCCAUCAGGACCAGCUCCCACUCCUCACUCCGGUCCUCUGGAGUAGCAGAGGUGAUGCAGAUUCAGAACAAUGGUAAUGGCAGGGAGAUCACUGAGACCGUCAUGCACAUCUACGAGAGGAGACAGAGCAGCUACGAUAACUACUAUGCCAACGCCCUGGGGGCCGGGUAUGGGACAUGUGGGGAGGGAGGUGGGGGUUAUGCAGGCGAGGCAGGGUAUGGUGGAGGUUGUGGUGGUGGCUCCAACCCCAUUCCGCGGAGUAAACCGGCCUCUUCAGAUUCGGGGCCGCGCUCCUCCGUGGACUUAAGCCGACCAUCCAGUACCAGCAACUCACUGAACCAACAGAGGGAUGAGAUACUCUCUCUGUCUUCUGAACCCACCUCACCUUCUCAGAAUGUCACCGUUCCAUUUAAAAAACAACCAGAGAUCAUUAGCAACAAACUGGCGUCUUUCCCAGACAACGAAGCUUACGCCGCGUCAGAGUCUUACACAGGGUCAUCUCCUAAAGAGACAGAAUGGCCAGAACCAAAGACUCUACUGAGUGAGAGCUUCUCCAUGCCUGUCUUGCACCCCCCUCUAGCCCCCUCUGGGGUACACCAGUACGUAGAGAACUGGCUGCAGAACAUCGCCCCGGAGUCCAUCCCCUAUGUCCCCUACAUGGAGGAGGGAGGCCAGGACACAGAAGAGACUGAACCCAGGACCAAGGUAAACAUGGAGGACGAAGGCCAGGACACUGGGGAGGCUGAACCCAGGACCAAGGUAAACAUGGAGGACGAAGGCCAGGACACUGGGGAGGCUGAGCCCAGGACCAAGGUGAUCUUCCAGAUAGGAGCCGACUCAGAGGUUGAGUCAGAAGUGAAGAGUGAUUACCCAGAGGAUCAACAUCUGCCCCAGGGGGGAGACCACCUCUCAGUGGGAGGCAUGUCCAUGUCCUGCCUGUCUGUCCCUGUCAGCUACGCCGAAGCUCAGGUCGACCUCUCUAACCCCCAGAGGACCAGGAAACUGUGCUCCUCUAUGCCCAGUGUCAGUGAGUCUACCUCCUCCACCCACCACCUCCUUAUCCCCAAGGCCACUCUUACACCGAUCUUCCGUCAGCUCUGCUCCUCGAUACAGUGCAUCAGACAGGCCUCCCAGCCUCCUGCCAGCCUGGAGAAAUCACACAGCAUGCCUGACUUCUCCUCUCAGGUGUCAUCGGUGUUCGGCUCGUCCUCCAAGGCGCUGAUGUCCUUCCUGUCGGUGUCCACCCUGAAGGACACCCUGUCGUCAGCCCUGGGAAAAGGAGGAGGAGGAGAGUUUUGUAGAGGGAACUCUAACAGCGGGUCGGAGGCCCUCCUGGUGAUGCAGUCGCUCCAGAAGAUCUCCACCAUGGAGGACGAGGAACAGCAGAGAGCCAGCCUGGCCAGCCUGCAGAGCCGGACAUCUGAUCAGCUGAAGGACAGCUGGAGAGACUUCCAGGAAAGGAGCAGUGAAAUGGGAGACAGGGAAAGUCCUCCUCUGUCUCCGAGCACCAACCAGGAGUUCGCCUUGGAUGUGGAGUCUGAGGCGGGUGACGAGAACGGAGGACGGUUGGGUAUCGAGGAGCUCAUGGAGGAACUUAACAUGCCCCAGGAACUCAGGGAUGAGGUGUCGUCGUUGGUGGAGGGAGAGAGAACAGUGCAAUACGCCAUGAGGUCUCCAAUGUUAGGGGGCAGCGUCAGUGAUAUGUCUUAUGCUGUUGACACUGAGGUAGACAAAGUAGAGUGUGAUGAGAUUGAGGAACUAGAGGUGUUUGAGGAAGAUGAAGAUGAGGAGGAGAAAAAGGAGGAGAGAGAAGAGGUGGGGGAAGAGGAGAAGGAAGAAGUGGUGGAGAGUGAGGACAAAAGAUCUGAAUCAGACUUUGAAGAGGGCAGGAGUGUUGAUAGUCAUCCAUCCUCAGAUAACAAAGUCUGUUCCAGUGGCAGGAUGUUAGAUGAAGUCUGUUAUAUAGAAGAACGAGGUUUAGAAGAGGAGGGAGAGGAGAAGGAGGAGGACCAGGGCAGCUGUGAAGAGCAGAAUUAUGACGAGGGGGAGCAGGUGGAGGAAGAGGAGGCAGCAGAGGUUGGGUCUGAAGUAUCAAUGUCAAGGAAGUCAAUUAAGUCUUUAAAGUCAGAUAAUUCAGUAAAGUCAGAGAAAUCUGUAAUGUCUGAGAAAUCAAUGAAAUCCGUAAAUUCAGAAAAGUCAAUGACUUCAAGGCAGUCUGUAAAGUCAGAUAAAUCUGAGGUAGAGUGUAAAGUCUCAGAACACGAGGAGGUUGACGUAGUGUCCAACAACUCCUCCUCUAGAGCCAUAUACCUCUGUGGUGUCAAAGAUCAGGGUCUAGACACCUCCAACGAACUAAAGACUGACGAAGGAGAGGAAGAUGAGGAUGAGGAUGAGGAAGAAAAGGUCAGAGGUAAAGACUGCUCCCAUCCUGUUGAGAUAUCUCAGGAGCUUCUAGACUUUGUCAACACUGCUCUGAAGUCCUCCUCCCUGAUGUUCACCUACGACCCUAAGGGUAACCUGCGGAUCGAACCGGAGGGGGCAACCAGAGUCGUCCAUACCAAACAGAUGGUUAUAUUUAACGGGUGCGUCGACAGCCAGUACGGCCUGAAGAGACUGCCCAGCCCCAACACCUCUGACCUGUCUGACUACAGACCUGAGACAUCCAGCAGCGGAGGGUACAAGACCCAGGGGUCAGUGGACAUGUCAACGGAGAGCGGAGACGAAGACAAGGAAGAGGCAGGGAGACACUCGCCUGGCUUUCGACGUAUCAGACAGACUAGUGACAAGCAGAGUAAAGCCAGUACUACCUCUCUGGAGCUCUGGGCCUCUAAACCCUCGGUAGAAAUGAAAGCAGAUCAGUUAAGGAGCCCUGAGAGUCUUGAAGGGAAGAGGCCCACAGGGAGCUUUGAGUCUUGUCACUCUGGGGCUAAAGUCUGUGGGGAGAGCCUGUCGUACGUCAGCGGGUCCAGCUCAGUGAAGACAGAACCAGGACCAGAGCUGGUCAGGAUGAUCGAUCAGGGACGUUGGCUAUUUAAGGAGGGGGACUCUCCUGAAGGGGUGGGAGGAGCGUGGCAGAGCGCAGCAGACUCUAAGAGCCUCCCUGACUCUAGUGAGGGGGUUCUGAUUGACCAAGGGCGCUGGCUUCUUAAGGAGAAUCACCUAAUCAGGAAGUCUCCCCCGGUUCCCAUGGGGAUGUAUGGUAACCUUGACAACACAUCCGUGGAUACAACCCUCAGUGAGGAGGCUCCAGCCUACGACCACCUCUCCUCCACCUCCCUCCACCAUCACCACCACCUCAACCCCCUGUCUGUCCUCUCCUCCUCCGAGCUAGAGGAGCUGGCCCAACCUCCGACCCCUAAGUGCACCUAUUAUAACAUGUCCCACAGCAGCGACUCAGACCCCUUCCUUGACAAUCUCAGUCUCAACGGGAACGGGGCCAGGGAGAGGUCAGAGGGCAAGGAUCAGGGAUUGCAGGGCAGGUCUAAGAGGGAGACAGCUGUGGACACAUCCCGGACCUGGGCGAGGAAAAAUGGCAGCAUGUCGUCGUUCGCCUCGGUGGAGUUCAGGAUGCGGGACGGCAGGGUGCAUCCGGAGGCGGGGCUGGGUGGGUCAGAGUCUGCUGUAGAGCCAAGCUCCAGGACUGCAGUGGGUAUGUCUGGACGGAGCAGGGCUCUGCAGGUACAGAGCAGUCUAGAGUCUCUACGCUGUGGGCCGUAUUGUCCUAUACUAUAAUAACUGUUUUCCAAUACGAUAAACAACACAGAUCUGUCCCAUACCAUGUACAACAAAGAACUGUCUCAUACGAUAUACAACACAGAUCUGUUCCAUACCAUAAACAACACAGAUCUCUUCCAUACCAUAUACACUAAAUACCUGUCCCAUACCAUAAUGAAUACAAUGCAGAUCUGUCCCAUACCAUAUACAACACAGACCUGUCCCAUACCAUAAACAACACAGACCUGUCCAUACCAUAUACAACACAGACCUGUCCAUACCAUAUACAACACAGACCUGUCCAUACCAUAUACAACACAGACCUGUCCAUACCAUCUACAACACAGACCUGUCCAUACCAUAUACAACACAGACCUGUCCAUACCAUAAUGACUACAACACAGACCUGUCCCAUACCAUAUACAACACAGACCUGUCCAUACCAUAUACAACAUAGACCUGUCCCAUACCAUAUGCAAUACAGACCUUUCCAUACCAUAAUGACUACAACACAGACUUGUCCCAUACCAUGUACAACACAGACCUGUCCCAUACCAUAAACAACACAGACCUGUCCAUACCAUAAUGACUACAAUACAGACCUGUCCAUACCAUAUACAACACAGACCUGUCCAUACCAUAUACAACACAGACCUGUCCAUACCAUAUACAACACAGACCUGUCCAUACCAUAUGCAACACAGACCUGUCCCAUACCAUAAACAACACAGACCUUUCCAUACCAUAAUGACUACAACACGGACCUGUCCCAUACCAUACGCAACACAGACCUUUCCAUACCAUAAUGACUACAACACAGACUUGUCCCAUACCAUGUACAACACAGACCUGUCCCAUACCAUAAACAACACAGACCUGUCCAUACCAUAUACAACACAGACCUGUCCCAUACCAUAUGGAACACAGACCUUUCCAUACCAUAAUGACUACAACACGGACCUGUCCCAUACCAUACGCAACACAGACCUUUCCAUACCAUAAUGACUACAACACAGACUUGUCCCAUACCAUGUACAACACAGACCUGUCCCAUACCAUAAACAACACAGACCUGUCCAUACCAUAAUGACUACAAUACAGACCUGUCCAUACCAUAUGCAACACAGACCUGUCCAUACCAUAAUGACUACAAUACAGACCUGUCCAUACCAUAUACAACACAGACCUGUCCAUACCAUAUACAA